AACUAAUUCCGACUCCAAUGGCAACAAUGGCGACGAUGAUCUCUAUAUCCCCCUGGAAACUCGGUUCCUUACCGACUAUGUCAUUGGCACCCUCAACGACGAGUCGUUUCCCGAAACCCGCAAAAUGCUCACCUAUCAAGCAAGAACCAGAGGUUGAUUCUUCUGCAGCAAUUUUGUGCGAGCCUUGCAAUGGCAGAGGGUGGUUAGUCUGUGAUUUCUGUAAAGGACAGAAAACCAAUGUGAAAUCUGAGUCUAAUAGGACCUAUAGGAGAUGCCCAUCUUGCAGAGCAAUUGGGUAUGUGUUGUGUUCAAAGUGCAAAGUCUUCAAAUGUGUCACAUUCCCAAAUUACAAUGAUGGUGAAGAGUUGUCCUUUUGAGAUCUUUGUGUUCCCUUUUUCAGGUUCUCUUUUUACCAUACAUCGUAAUUCUUUGAUGAAAUGGGAAAAACCAUUUAUCCACCCAUGUUAUUUAAGUGUUCCUCUCAUUUUCCCUAUGAAAAGUUGAAUGCUUGAAUGCUUGUAUCUGUUGAUUGCAGAAUGUAUAUAUAAAAGACUCCAUCUUGGUGCCAAAAUUAUAUGA